CCCUUUAAAAUAUUUCACCAUGUACUUCUGCUCUAUCAUUGCAUUCCCACUGUGAUGGCUCCAGAGAUAUCUGUCAGUUUCCUGAAUGUUCCAGUUUUGCUUGUCUUCUGGCUAAUGAGCCAUACGGUGGACUUGCUGCAGCUGUCAGCUCCAGCAGUGGUGACAGCACCAGAAGGGGGAUCUGUGACGGUCAACUGUCAAUAUGGACAUCAGUACAGAGAACACACAAAGUACUGGUGCAGGGGCCCUAUAUAUAAGCUGUGUCACAUCGUGGUGAAAACUCCCAGGAACUGUCAUAGUGACAGAAGCUCCAUUGUUGAUGACAAGAGAGCAAUGGUCUUCAGUGUUACCAUGACUUCUCUAAGACACAGUGAUGAAGAUAAAUACUGGUGUGUCAUUGCCAGACAAGGAAUUAAUGUCUACACUGGUGUCAGACUCCUGGUCUCUUCCACAGUGAAAACUCCACCCCCCUCAACAGCCACACCUGAAUACGAUGAAAUAAGUUAUUGGGCAACUCUACGCUGGAUCCUUUUCAUUUUGUUGCUGUGUUGUUUUGUAUUGACAAAUUUGGUGUUAUGGAGGAUCAAUACUGCACAGAGAGCAUGGCGACACAAACCCUCUGAGCAUAACAAUUUAAGAUGAAUCGAGGUUAUAAACAAUUUAUAAACAAACAUGUAUGCACAAAAUGAUUCCACUGGCAAAUGAAAUCAA